UGUUGUUUAUGAGCCACUCAGUGUUAAAGUUGAAUCCCUGUAGACAAUCCCUGUACGGGAUCGUAUAUAGAUCAUGGAGCUCCGAGGCGACACGUCUAAAACGCAAAGACAAUUCCGAGUUAACAUCAAACAGAAAGCAAAAGACACCAGGCAAGCCGAACCGUUUGGAAAAAGAAAUUCGAAAUUUUUUCCAAGCAAAUAGCAAUGAAACAAUAUUGGGCCAGCUUCCAGCUGAAAUGCUGAAUCAGUGUCCGAAGCAAACCGAUCGCCUGUACAUCGGAACACCGGAGUGUGCGUCUAUCGUUCAGAAACACGUUACUGCGGGUUUAUCGAAAAAUACCUUACUGGCUGAAGUGAAUCCUGGGCCCGGUCUUUUAACCCGAGAAUUGCUAAAUAGUGGUAUGCAAAAACUGCUGUUAAUCGAAGGCGACGAAUAUUUUGAACCGACUCUUCGCAAUUUAAUGGCAUCCCACAGCGACACUGAUUGGUCUUUCAAAGUGGCCAACUUCAAUGGGCAUUGGCGGCAUAUGUAUUACGAAUGUGAGGACAACAGGAAAAAGAUACGCCAUUUGUUAGAAGGAAUACCUAAAAAACGAUGGAAAGACGAACCAAAUUUGCGACUGUUUUCAAUCGUAGAUUCCGCAAAGUUUUUCAAAUCAAUGGUGAGCUCCUUAGCCGCUCAAACGGGAUUGUUUUCUCUUGGAAGGUGCGAAAUGGUGCUAAUUGUUCCUCCGCUGACUUAUGUGCAAUUUACAUCCACUAAAGAAGCUGGGUAUAACUUGUACCGGCAGCAUUCCGUGUUGUUUCAGCUAUUGUUUGAACAUGAACUGCUAACAACAAUACCACGAAAGCAUAUUCUGCCAUGGGCAUCUAAUCCAACCAAACGAAAAGUACGAACGGAACGAGCGCGUUAUGAACAACUUCAAAAGGAUGAAUGGUAUUUGAUGCGAAUAGUGCCUCGACAGAAUCUCCAUGAUUUUUGCUCCCCGGACAAUUUGAAAUUGUUAAAAUUUUUCGUCUAUCAACAUUUGAUUAGUCGAAAGAACCGAAUUGUACCUGCAAUGGAGAAAUGGAUCCCUUAUUGCGGCGCACGAUUGAUUCUCAACCAGAACUAUGUCCCGUCAGGUGCCGAACUCGAAAGGGAAGAAAGUUUACCCCUUUUCCUGCAAAAAUCGUCACCCCUUCGGAAGAAUGACUUGCCUGAGCGGGUGACCAUUUUUACCGAGUUCGGGGAGCUCACGCCGUCACAAAUCCUGGCCGUAUUCGACCGGUUUAUAAGCUGGCCCGAAUUCCAGCAGUCACCUUUUAUCCAGUCAGCGGAACAGUAUCAGAAAAGGCCAUUGUCUGUGCUUAAACAGUCGUCAGAUGCAAUAGCUGACGAAGAAGAAGAUCACGAAGAGGAUAGCAACCGGACUUAGCCGGGUGGAGGUAACGGGAAGCAAUCUGAACAUUUAUGCCAUAGAUUUUAUGUUUUCCUAGAUUUUUUUCUGGAUUCAUAUUUUUCUUCUCAUUAGACUGUUGUAGAUA